UGCCAUCGCGGGGAUGUGUGCUGGGACACCCUCGUGUAAAGCACUCCCUCGCCCCCGUUGACUUAUGGCGCAUAGGGAACGCGUCCGUGGGCGCUGCAGCACGCGAUUCCGCCACCCCCGGGAAUAAGCAGCGGGCAGAAGCGUCGCGACGCUGAUGUCGACGGCGUUUUAGUAAAGACCGACCGUUCGUGGCGAACGCAAGCGACCGCACCCCCGGGCUAUCGUCGGGCUGCGCCGUUGAGAAGCCCUGAGGAAACCGUAUCGCCGCCAAACCAUUCUCCUCCAUCUCCAAGGAUAAUACUCGCAUUUACCGGCCCUUACAGAUAAGCUCUCGCCACGCCAAUCCGAAGAUCGGGACAAGCUUUAAAAAUGCCGCGGCCAGUUUCGAAAGGAGCUUUUCAAUUAUCGGCACGAGGACAAAUGGAAAGGCGGCGACCACCGUUUCUCAGAGCUUCCAGCAAAGCCAAAGAGACCGAACGAGGAACUAAGAUGGAUACUACACGUAGUGGGGGUGCGGUAGAGGAACAAAAUAGUGAUGAAAGUUUGUCGCCAGAUGCUUUAGUUAGACAAAAUUAUGAACUCCGUCAUCGUCUGGAAGAGGAAGCCGCAAGUUAUAAAAGACGUUUGGACACAUAUCGACAGGCUCAGCAACAUCAAGCUGCUCUGGUCUCACGCUUACAAGCUAAGGUUUUGCAGUAUAAACAGAGAUGUUCAGAACUGGAGAAUCAAAUGGCAGAAACAGUUCCAAUAGUUUGCGAUACUACUAGACCAGCAACAGUGUCUUCUACUUCUGUGUUGGAAACUGCCCAUCAAACACUUCGAGACAUACGUGAGGAGCAAAUACAUGAUUUGGACACAGCCUUGAAAAAACUUGGAGAGGAACGACGAAAAUAUGAAGAACUCUUGCAACUAAAUGCAACUCUGAAAGAUCAGCUGGAGGAAUCUCAUCAAACGAAUGAAGCAUUGACUAAUGACUUGCAGAAGCUGAGUAACGAUUGGGACGUUUUACGAGAAGAAUUGGUUAUCAAGGAAGACGAGUGGAAGGAUGAGGAACAAGCAUUCAAUGAAUAUUACAUCUCAGAGCAUAACAGAUUACUGAACCUAUGGCGCGAUGUUGUGUCCGUUAAGAGAUUGUUUGCGGAAAUGAAAUCUGCUACGGAGAGAGAUUUGUCUAAAUUGCGGAACGAAAUUAUUUCGUCAUCUAAUGAAAUGACAUCGGCGUGCAAUAGUACAAAUUUUACUAUGAAACUGCAAGCCACUACAGCGGCUCAAUCGACACCGUCCCAUAGAAUGCAACAACAGGAGGAAGAACAUGCUACGACUAUCCUGAAAACAGAAAUUGCGACACUCAAGCAGCAGCAUGCUGCUGAUCAACAUGAAAUACGUACGAAAGACGAUCGGAUAGAUCAGCUUAUUCGAGAAAUCCGCAAUUUAGAAGAACGAUGUAGCGUUUCCGAAGCCGUAGUGACACAAACUGAGCGAAUGCAAGAAGAUAUCGAAGUGUUAGAGUCUGCAUUGAGAGAUAUCGCGCAUACUGUAAUUCAAGACGCCGAAUGUCGGGAUACCGAUGCCAAACAAACAUCUACGCAUAUUCAUUUAUCAUCCAGUGGACCAAUUCCGCAAAGAUCGCCGAAGAGAAGCGCGAGAAGUAGCACCAUGCCAGCAUUCGCUGAAAGCACUAUAAGUGCAGUACGAGCAGCUCUACAAAAGUAUCAAUUAACUAUACGCGAGUUACAGGUAAAAUUGCAAACGAAUAAGGAACAACUUUUGACAAUGCGCAAGCAAUGCGAUACCACCGAAACAAACGCUCAGAUGCUGAAUACAAAAGUUACAGAACUGAUUUCUCAGUUGGAUUCAUGUCAUUCCCAAUGUACACAGUUGAGUCAAGAGAAAGAGAUGUUGCAGAAAGCUCUUGACACUGUAAAAUUGGAAAAAAAUGCUUUGGAUAAGAAUAAAGUAGAACUUAAUAAUACGAUAGAGGCACUUAAAAGUAAUUGCGAAAAACUUCAAAAGACAAAUAAUAAAUUGCAAAAAUUAUGCGACAAUCUGGAAGAUGAAAAAAUGUAUUUGCAAAACGAACUUAGUAGAGUAUCAGAGGAUGUUGAUUUAAAAGAAUUAAGUUUAAGAUCAGAGGAGGAUAAAUGUAGUAAAAUGAGAGAGGAGCUCUUAACGCUGCGAGAAGAUUUAAAUAAAGCUUAUCUUGCCAAAGAUAUGUUGGAACAGCACAAGUUGGAAACCGACGCAUUAAUCUCUCAAAUCGAAAAAAACAAAGGUGAUCUCGAGUUGGAACUGGAACGAAUAUUAUUGGAAAAGUCAGAUAUGCAGGAAAUUUUAAUAAAAAUGGAAGCGAUGUGCUCAAAUCAUGAACAAGAUAAACAGAGAUUACAAGAAGAAUUAAAAAAGGUGGUAGAUGAGAAAAACAAGCUGGCGAAUCAAUGUGUGGAUCAGCAGGGAGAUUUAAAUUCAUUGAGAAAAGAAUUGUUGCAAGCGGAGCAAAUUCGUCUUGACAUAGAAUCCGAAAAAGUUACGUUGAACGAAAAAAUUAAAUUCUUGGAAAUAGAAAAGGAGAAGGUAGAAAUAGAAUUAGGUCAGGUGACUCGCGAACGCAAUGAUUUAAGUAACCAAUUGUCCAUAUUGGCACGAAAAAAGGAAACAUUAAAUGAGGAACUUAUGAGACUUAGGCAAAGGCUGGAACAGUCCAACGAAAUGAACGCGCGAAUAAAUAGAAGCUUGAAAGAUCUUGUAAAAGAUAAUGAGGAGAAACAAGUGCUUUUAGAAACGAAUGAGAAGGAAUUUCAAAAACUGCAAGAACAACUUGCAUCAAUGCGCACGGAAAAAGAAAUCUUGGAAGGAGUAGUGUUUGAUACGCAAACUAAUCUGGAAGCUACACAUGUCAAGAAGACGCAGUUAGAGAAAGAGCAAAAAGAAAUAUUGGUAAAACAAGAAAGUUUGAAAGGACAGGUAACACGAUUAACAAAAGAACUAGAAAACAGUGAAAAACAUGCGCGAGAUAUCAAACAGUCGCUCACACAACAGAGUGGCGAUCAAGUCGCAGAAUUUCAACAAAUUAUAUCCAAUAUGAAAAAACAAUCUGAAGAUAAUACAAGAAAGAUGAAUGACGAAAAGGAGCAAGUAAGAAUAAGUUUAGAAAAACGAUUGCAACAGUCUUUAUCACAACUGGAAGGAGAGAAAACGGAAGAAAUCAAUCAUCUGCAACAGCGGAUAGAAGAGAUGCAGCAGCAUAUAGAAAAUUUGUGCAAGCAACACGAAGAAGUGCUUCUUAGAGCAGAGAAUGAUAAACAGCAAGCACUUCUUAUCGCCCAUCAUGAGCAACAGGCUUUAAUAGAAAAGAUUGACACCAUUAUGCGUGAAUUAGAAGAGGAAAAGAACAUCUUGGAACGUGUUAAAAGGGAGGCUGCGGCACGCGCCGAGCAAGAACGUAACAAUACGAAUCAACUGCGCGAUGAAUUAAACCGUCUGAAAACAAGGCUAGACGAGACAAAGUUGAAAGCUAACGAAGAAAAGAUGAAAUUUGAUUUAAAAAUAGAGGAACUCUGGAAGGAACGAGAAUCCACGCAAAGAGAAGUCGAAGAAUUGCAAGUUCAACUACACAUGACGGAGGACAAAGUAGACGGACUACAAAAUCAACUACACGAUACUGUUAGGAAACUUAAAGAUGCUGACAAUGUUAAUGAAACACUGCGCAAAGAAUUAGUGGACAUAAGGAGACAAUUGGCGGACACGACAUACGAAAAGGAAAAAUAUAAUAACAGUAACAAGGAAUUACGGGAACAUGUUAAGCAAAUUGAGAGCGAGAGAAGAGAACAGGGUAGAACAUUGGAAGAAUCAUAUCAAAAGAUAUCCGCAUUGGAAGAUGCCAAAGCGACCAUGGACACUGAAAGAACGCGCUUACAAGCACAAAUGCGCGACAUGGAACGCGACGCGUUACAAUUGCAACAACAACUCCGCUUCACACAGGACGAGUUGCAAAAGAGCCACGAAAACAACGCUCAAGCUCAAAACGAAGAGAAGGAACUGCAAGCUAGAUUAGCUAACGAAAUCGAAGAAAGAGAGCGAAUACAAUUGCAAUUACAUCAAGUGAAAAAACAGGUUGUCGAUUUAGAUAACAGUUUAGAAGUUACACGACAAGAACUGGGAAAACUACGCACACGAGCAGAUGAAGAAGAUGAGAGAUGGCACGCCCGAGAACAAGAGUUGUUAGUGCGCCUCGAGGAUGGCCGUUGUCGCGAGAGAAAAUUGGAAGAUCAGAAGCAUAAUUUAGAAGUUUGCUUGGCCGACGCCACGCAACAACUUCAGGAGCUGAAGGCGCGUCUUGGGGGAUCUGAAGGAAGGGUGAGAGCCCUCGAUGCUCAAUUGUCACAAUUAGAGACUGCUAAGAAGGAAGUGGAGCAGAAACUCAGCAGCGUAGGCUCUACUUUACGCCGUAUCGCCGGUAUCCAAAUGGAUGGAAGCGUAAACAUGCCGUUUAAAUUGAUGAGUCCUUCAAGAAGGUGGAGUCCAGCACGUGCGCAAGAUCACGGUGACACUAGCAGAGAUAUCGUACUGGAUGUCGAUCCUGAAGCUGUUAGAAAAGGAGUACGGUCACUUAUGCAACAAGUUGCCCAAAUCGAACGCGAGCGAGACGAUUACAAAACAGAAUUGUGUGGUUUGAAAAAGCAACUAAAUGAAUCACAAGAAAACCAAAAUAACACAGAUGUAAAAGUCAACAAUCUUUUGACUAAUAUUCGAACACUUCAAGAAGAGAAGAAAUCUUUGGAAGCAAAACUCAUUCAAAAACAAACUAGCUAUCAAGCACAGUCGGACGCAUUCCAAAAAAAGACAGAAGAAUGUGACCAAUUAUGUGAAAAACUUACAACCUUGGAAUUAAAGAUGAAUAGCGAGUCGGAAGAGAAAUCUCAAUACGAGGAUAAAUUAGAAAAAAUGAAACAAGAAUUAAAUAGAUUGGAAACGGAAAAGCGUAAUCUUCAGAAAGAAAUUCGUCAUAGCGAAUCUCACGCAACAGAAAUGGAAUUACAGAGGAUGUCUUUAGACGGAGAUUUGCAAAGAUUGCAAAUGAUGUUGCAGGAAAAAGAAGCACACAUUCAAAAAUUGCAAGAUCGCUUUGAUACGCAAAGCCGUACUAUGACAAGUUUAGAGGAACGCUGUGGGUCUUUAAAAUCUACCAUAGAACAAUUAAAACUAGCAUUAGAAAAAGCAUCCGUUACAGAAAGUGAACUCAAAGACGAGAUAAAUUUAAUGCGACUUAAUGUAAUGGAGAUUACUACUUCCUCUGAAAGUAACAACGAGAAACUUAAACAGCUGCAGAAACAACUUUCGAAUACUGAAAAUGAGCGUAGAAUAUUAUCUGAACGUUUGGAAACGGUCCAACAAACUUUGUAUGAUUUGAAACAUACAAAUCAAUCGUUAAUCGAUCAAAACGCACGGCUGCAGAAUGAGUUAGCUAAUAAUGAAGUGCAGCGAUCGGCUUUAGAAUCGCAAUUAAGAUUGUCUACCUGGCCGCCGGAAAGCGCUUCGAUCAAAGAUGAAGAGUUGUUGCGCCAAUUGCAAACUGCUCAAAGAGAAAGAAGCGAGAUGAGAGGAAAAAUAGAUGCUCUUAAUGACAAGGUAAAGCUGUUAGAAGCUGACAAACGUAAUUUAGAGCGUCAAAUUGCGUCGAGCAAAUCCAAUAUUAUCCGAAGUAAGAGUUACGAACGUCCGGAGAAAGCACAUAUAGAACUUCUGGGCACUAGUUACAGCCUUGACAACUUGGAACAUGAGAAUAGAGAAUUAAGAUUGAAAGUGCGCAAAUUGGAGACUCAAUUGGCAGAGAAAGAAGCCGAUCUUAUACGAAUCAAAUCAACCUAUAUCCAUUCCUCUCAUUCGUUAUUGGAUGCAAGUAGAGAUAGAAGCGGUGAAUUAGAACGGAUCAGAGCCGCACAGUUGCAAGCUGAAAAAUUAUUAGAAGCAAGAGAACAAAGUCAUCGUCAGCAAGUAUCGCGUUUAGAAAAUCAGAUACAAUUGUUACGAGAGCAACUUAAUCAGGAGAUAAAGCGCAGGCAACUAUACGUUUUACGGAGUACGCGAGCCGGUAGAGAAAUGCAACAGUUGCGACAAGCAUUGGGCGAUUCUUUAAGAACUGUAGCGCAAGAUCCAUCACUUGAUGCGGUAUUAUUAGAACACGAAGCGCGUAAAUUAGACUCUACCUUAACGAGUACUACCAGUUUACCGCCAUCAUUAGCUUUGCCUGCUCCACCAUCAUAUAGAUCUAGCACUCCAUCACAAUUCAAAUAAUGCAAAUAAUGCAAGUGACUGAAUUUUCUUUGAAAACUGCCAGUAUCAAGUAGUACCUAUAUAAGUAUUUAUAAAUUACAUUUCUGGAGAAUAUAAAGUGCAACAAUUCUUGCGUACAUAAAAAAAUUCUUUAGUACGCGCUUAAGCAUUGCAUAUUUAAAUUGUCACUAAAAAAAACGUAUAAGCUCAUUAAUCUACCGUAAUAAACUAUGAAUUAACAGCGCUUCUUGAUAUUUUACGAUUAAGACGAUUGCCGAUCUUUUGAUGAUAAUAUUUUAUUUGAUAUAUGAUCUAUACAUUGGACAUAUUAAAUUUUUAUCAAAUUUUUUUAUACGAAUUUUAUGCUUCCAAUGUCUAAUGUUAUAUGCGAUUCAAAUAUACUUUAUAUAGCUUAUUAAUGCAUGAGAUAUAUGGAAGUUUUUAUAAUGUGUGCAUUUUACAAGAAUAUUUAGCUGAAUCAAU